CGCUUCGUAUGCCGCGGGGCGCUCGACGCGCUCCGGCUCGACCACGGCCUGGAGCUCCUGGCCGCGUCCGAGCUCGAAUUUGUAGUGGCGGACGCCGAGAGGCGACCCUUGUUCGACGGCGUCGACAUUUUUGCUACUUUGCAAUUAGCAAAGACAGACUUCGCCUACGCCGUCGCCGAGCAGAUAACAACCGUCGACGUGCGAACGAUGAAUUGCGAGUACGGCGCCGGCCAGCUCGAGAUCACGUUCAAGCCCAAACGAGGCCUUGCCGCGGCCGACUGCGCACAUACCUUCAAGACGGGCGUCAAGGAACUCGCCAUGCGGCGGGGCCUCGCCGCGACGUUCGCGUCGAAGCCCUUCGGCGGGCCGCGCGGCGUCGGCAACGGCGGCCACCUCAACGUGAGCCUGUGGCGCGGCGAGGACCCGGCGACGGGCGGUGACGAGGACGGCCUCAGUCCUACAGCGAGGCAUUUCAUCGCCGGCGUCCUCGCGCACGCUCGCGGCCUCGAGGCGCUGGCUGCCCCAACGCCAGGAUGCUACGCGCGGCACGGCAAUUGGGCGCCGACACGGGCGGAUUGGGGCCAUGAGGACCGCAACGUGUGUAUAAGAGUGAAGUCUCGCGACUGCGCGCCCGGCGAGGCCUACGUCGAGUACCGCGCGCCGUCCGCCUCGGCGAACACCUACCUUGUGUUAGCUGGUCUCGCGGCGGCCGGCGCCGAUGGCGUAAAGCGGGAACUCGUGCUUCCGCCGGCCAGGGACGACGAGGCCGUCCUGUUGCCGACGUCGCUGCCCGAGGCUCUCAGCGCGUUGCGCGCCGACGAGGUCCUGGUCGACGCGCUCGGCAAGGACUUCGUGGAGUGGUACACGCUCGUGAAGGAUGCAGAGCUCGCAGACGUCGCCGCGUCGACGGCGAAAUUUGCGGCGACAGGUCUUGACAACGACGCGGCGGUCCAGGAG